AUGGAGAACGCAGCACAAGGGACGUUCAAUUCGUCCUUUGAGGCCAAGCAGCCUUUCCCUCCCCUGCUAGCUGAAGAUCCCCUCUCUCCAGAUGAACCCCAAGAGAGUUACGAAGAGGAGAAUGUUACCUCCCUCGGCUAUCAGGAUAUCGAAGUGGAGGACGAUGCAGAUUUCCAGUCGCACUACUCGCUAGAACAUCAAUCGUUCUCCGAUACAGACUCCGAUGAUUCGUCUGAUAAUAUUGACCGGCAUCAUCCAUUUCGCCAGUCCUCCAGCUCUCUCCAUGGGCCCAAUGCAUUUGCGCCUCCGUUCUACAAUCGCCCACCCACCCCUCUACCACCCUCGCCCUCACUCACUUCGCUUCUGCGGCCACCUUUCUCAACCACUACAUCACGCCCAACGACCCCGGAUAGCUCCGAUGUAGAAACCCCCAACGAUACUGAGGCGGCAGUUGCCAAGUCCGCCCGUCGUGCAACUACUGUUCCACGCGCCAGUCCGAAGGUUCCUACCUAUGAAUACUAUGGCUUCGUGUUAUACUUGGCUUCUUCGUUGGCUUUUUUGUUUUAUCUCCUAUGGUCUUAUCUCCCGUCACCAUUCCUUCAUCAGCUCGGUAUCUAUUAUUACCCCAAUCGCUGGUGGUCGCUGGCGAUCCCUGCAUGGUUGGUGAUGCUACUUAUUUACAUUUAUAUUGCCCUUGCCACGUAUAAUACAGGCUAUCUUACUUUGCCCAUGCACAGCAUCGAGAACAUUGUGGAUGAAGUUGCGAAUGUAUCGGUGAUUGAUGGAAAGGCACGAAGACGCCCGGGUGGUGCCACUAAGAUGAAGCCCGGUGCAACAUCCUACCAAAUAAUGGGUCCCCAAAAUCGCAAGGUCAACUGGCGGGAGAUUUGGAGUGAGGGAACCGACGCGGUCAUGGACGUGCCGGUUGGAGGCGUGUGUGAGGUUUUGUAUGGCCAGGACCGAGAAGAAGAGUUUGAAUUGCCUAUUGCAGACACAUAG